AUGUUCGCUGGACCCGCGCCAUUUUCGCUGGACCCGCGCCAUGAUCUAUUGACUCGCGACCCGCGCCAUUUAGCCUAUCCCAUUCCUGCAGAAGAAAUUUCUUAUUUAAAAACUUGUCCUUUGGUUCCCGAAGACGAAACUGCUAAAGAAAAGCAUAAUUUGGAAGGACAUAAAAGAGGUAAAAUCAAGUUUCACAAGAUAUAGUGGACGACGUUACGUUAGGAGACGUCAUCUUGCAGUCAAACAACAUGGCGACUGCAUUUAUGAGCUAGGAAUUUUGUUUUGAAGAUGAAAUAGCGAAUUUUUAGCAACUUUUUGCACCCAUUGACCAUCGAUAAUUUUUAUCUACAGAAAAACAACAAGAAAACUUUUAGGUACAUGCAAUUGUAAUUUAUAUAAUGGCGUUCUGUGUAUUAAUCAGUGCCGUAGCUAGCAUUUAUAGUUGGGGGGGUGUAGGCCAAAAAUUUCCGAAUGACGAAGAAAAUUUCCGAACUUUCGAAAAUUCUUGGCGACCUCCCCCCCCCAAAAAAAAUUUUGGUCAGUGUACCAUUUUAAGGGUCAAAAAAAUUUUCCGGACAUACCAAAAGUUAGAUAUUAGCUAAAAAUUGCCUGAAUCUCAUGAUUUUAGUACAAAAACCAUAUACUAUAAUUGCCGUAAUUUUCCGAAUGGCCAUCCCAUUUUCCGAAUAUGUCAAAAGUUGGGGGGGUUAACCACCCCCCCAAUACCCCUCCUCGCUACGGCCCUAGUAUUAAUGCCGAAGAAAAUGCGUUGGCAUGCAAGGUGGCUAAACUAAAUUCACGAACAAGAACAUGAUAAAUAUGCGUUUAAAUUAAACUCGAAUGAUUGUCCCUUGGGAUAUUGCAUUAGUUUUCCGCCUUUAACGUUAUUAUAAAAAAGGUCUAUUGCUUAAUUAAUAGCUUAAAAUAUUUAAUCGCAGAUGUAGGCUACUAUACAGCAUGAAAUUUAGGUAAUAUUUUUAUCAUUUAUAGACCCGGAGGGAGGUUGAUUAGGCGAAAUAUUACCCGAAAUUAUGAUAUUUUAUCACUAUGAGAAAUACGUCGCCAAAUCCCCCGAGUGGAGGGUCUAUAAAUGAUAUAUACUGAAACUUUUUUUAUUGAUACUUGACGUUUUUGCGUUUUCCAUUUAAAAUAUUUGUACCUGUAUCCUUUGGAUCAUUGAAGGUAACGUAUACCUCCAAAUAUUCACGUAGAAAUCUUUACAAACGACCACGCCAUAAUUUUUUUAGUAUGAUAAGCGUGUGUUUUCCACUGAUCUGAAAUAAGGACUGGAUAAAGCAUCCUAUUGAAUUCAGCAACAUAAUUUUGAAGCCAGAAUAUUUUAAUGAGAUAAGAUUUAUAAAUCGGUCAAAUUCAUGACCAGUUUGAUCGUUUGGUGUUAAAGUUCAGUUAGACUAUAAAGGAAAAAACCUUGAAGGAACUAGCUUCCAAAACCUCUUCGAAAUAGUUUUAGAACGUUUUACACACCACUUCAAACACUCAUUAAUAAUUCAUAAACUUAUUGGCAAAUCGUGUCAACCAUAAUAUGUCACGUGCAGUGGCUUUAAACCUGAUAAAACACUCUUAAUUAGUAUUCUUUAUAUAAAGAAUACUAAUAAGGCAGUAUCUAUUGUAGUCGUGUCUUCAUUAGUAUUAUUUUUUUAUAUAAAGAAUACUAAUAAGGCAGCAUAUCUAUUGAAUUUGCAGUCGUGUUUGAAGCCGUUUAAUUAACUCGCAGGUCGUGUUUUAUUAGGUCUAAAGCCACUCGCGCUGCGCGCUCGUGGCUUUAAACCUAAUAAAACACUCCUGCUCGUUUAUUAAACAGUAUAUAAUGAGGCUAAUGGCGGCCAUAUUUGAUGGUCCAAUUAUGCGCUAUCCAACCUUAUCUUAGAUCAGUGGUGUUUUCCACACAUGACGAGUGAGCAUGAAAUACUAUAUUAUUUAUUUAAAAGAUUCAUGUUUUCCGAUUGGCUAACAGCUGAUCACUGUAAAAUCGUCAUAUCAACUCAAUAACUACCCCAAAAUGGAGUUUUAACAUAAUAAUAUUAUUCAACGGAGUGAAGUCAAAUAAAAAAAUAUGUUUAAUGUUUAGUAAACAUGCAUGCAGUUGUGCUGUAUUCAACAGUUUAAUGCUGAAGAGUUUUAUAGAUGGUAACUUCGGGUGUAGACCUAACAAGGCUUUGUGCAAAUAAACUAAGUCUAAAUAUAGUGAAAACCGAGUAUGUUUUAAUUGGAACACGACAUAAAAUAAGUAAUAUUGAUACCCAUCCAAGGAGUUAAAAUAAAUAAUCAAUUGAUUAAAAAAGUUAAAAAUACCAAAGCUCUUGGAGUUGAAUUAGACGAAAACUUGAGUUGGGAAAAACACAUUAACCAUAUUAGCAGUAAAAUAUCAUCAGGUAUUGGGGCUAUUAGAAAAAUGAGGGAGUAUGUCGAACAAGACAUUUUGAUAAAAGUUUAUAAUGCCUUAAUCCAACCUUAUUUUGAUUAUUGCUGUGAAGUAUGGGAUACACUUAAUAAAGGCCUAAGCGAACGUCUACAGAAAUUCCAAAACAGAGCGGCUAGGUUGAUCAUGAACUUAAAAAAUGAACAUGGUCAGUCUAUUUUGGCACGAAAAUCUCUAGGCUGGGUAACACUUGAAGAGCGUAGGGCACAAAUGAAAGCCAGGCUCAUGUACAAGACAGUUAAUGGUUUAGCCCCCCAACGACUAUGCGAAGCUUUCCAAAAUCUGAAUACCAUUCAUGACCAUAAUUUGAGAGGUUCUUCAACAAGGUUUUAUAUUCCAAGACCAAAAACGGAAUCCUUAAAAAAAAGCUUCCAAUAUAGUGGGGCUAAACUAUGGAAUCAGAUACCUGAAGAGAUACGCAAUUCGGUAUCGUAUAAUUCGUUCUGUAAAAAGCUAUCUUCCUCGACCUUAAUCUCGACUUAAAGUAGUAGUUAAUUUUUUGUCUAAAUAGGUAUAUAAUUGUAUUUGUUAUGUAUGUAAUAUUAGAGCUAGUAUAUAAAUAAUAAUUUGUAAGUACACAUCCCUUUUGGAAAUCAGCUUUUGCUGAAAAGGCCAAUGUGUUUAAAUAAAGUUGAUCUAUCUAUCUAAGGUGCAUGGUACAAAAAAUACAACUAUAUAGGACUUCUGGCAGGAAUUGAACUUGCGGCCCUGCGAUUCCAGUGCAGCGCUAUGACCAACUGAGCUACGGAGUCCGUGCAGUUGGGUUUAUGCAUAUAUAUAUAUAUAUAUAUAUAUAUAUAUAUAUAUAUAUAUAUAUAUAUAUAUAUAUAUAUAUAUAUAUAUAUAUAUAUAUAUAUAUAUAUAUAUAUAUAUAUAUAAAUUAUCGACAUCAACCGUAUAAUAUAACUUAGCAAUUUAUUUUGAUUUACCGUAUCGGAAACGUAUGUUUCGGUACGAUGCGGGUGAAGUGAAAAACAGUAUAUGGUCGAAAUUCUGAACUCGGCUUAUUUAAAGCAUUUGUGUUGUUUUUGUCUAUAUUGUAGAGAGCUCAGAAUCGUGGAAAUGGGAAAAGAACUUGAUAAUUCAUCGAGAAAAGUUCAUUAAGUUGCUUGAAAAAGGACGAGACCAUCCGCAAGACAUCAAGGAAGUCAAUGAUGUGCGCGUUUGCUGCUCGAACGAGUUUCUUAUUGGUAAAGGAAGUGAUGGUACUAGAGUUUAUGUAGGAUUAAGUACAGACGGGUAUGAGAGGGCGGUGAAACGUUUGCCAAGAGAUGAUUGCGCAGAUUUAGCUGAAAAAGAAAGGGAAGUUUUGAACGCAGUCAACACAACACAGUCAAACUACGUGAUAAAUUAUCGGUUUUUGGACGAGAACAGCGAUAAGGAGUGGUUAUUUUUAAUCACGGACUUAUGCGAGGAAACGUUAAUUAAAAGAGUUUGUUGAGCGCAGCAGUUUGGGCGGUUGGUCAACAAUUGCGCGAGACAUUAUUCAACAAAUUUUGUAUGGAUUAGCUGAUCUUCAUCGCAAUCCAAAGCCCAUUUUACACCGGGAUUUGAAACCAUCCAACAUCUUGCUAAACGUCCAUGGAAGAUGGUUGCUGGCAGACUUUGGUAUAUCAGUCGAAUCUUGACGGAAGAUGCAGAAACCCAUCGAAGCAUGGAGAGGGGAACAAAUUAUUGGAGAGCCGUUGAAUCGUGUUCUUCGAAUGAUAAGUCUAAUGAUAGAGAAUCACGUUACAAGAAAGAAUCCGAUAUUCAGGUAGGGUUUUAUUUAAUUACAACCAAUAUGAAUGUUCAAAAGCAAUAUAUAACGCUGGGGAGAGAAAACUAUUUCGUUAUUGUCCCAAUGCAUUACGUGAGAAAAAUUCCUUGAUGCAUGCUCUCUACUACUGCCAAUUAAAUUGAGGAUAUCAUAACAUUCCGGAAUAGGUAGUAUGGGGGCGAGGAAAUAAUAUUUACGAUGAUAUUGAUUCUGUGUAUGGCACAUGAGCCACCAAAGUUGGAGAAUGGUAAUUCAAAUUACUGUGUAUCAUAAAACAUAAUCACACAGUAUCAAAUGAGUGAAGCGCAACAUGCUAUUAUGCAUUGACCUUAAUUAUAAGUACUAUUUAAAACACGAGUAGGAGUGAUUUAUCAGAUAUAAAACACGAGUGCGCAGCUCGAGUGUUUUGUGUCCGAUAAAGCACGAACUACGAGUUAUUCAAUGUUUAUUCAUUACCAUCAAUUGACCAUGCUUGCAAUGCAUUCUUGGAAGCCUCGUCAUCGGUUGGUUCGCGAAUUCACAUAUCAUACUGGCUUAAAAGCGAUACAACUUAUGAGUUAUUUGGCGAAAAAAUUUAAAAUAUACAUUGUCUAAGCCGAGACAACUAGUCAAAGCUACCCCCCUAACCGCGCGAAAUUCCCUGCCGCAGAAGUCUAGGACGAUUCAAAGUGGUCUUUGAAAUCCGCCAUUUUGUAGAGACAAUACUUUACAGAGAAAUGAUAGGAGUACGCAUUCUAUGUAUAUUAUCUCUAUGAUUCAAUCCUUCCAAUCCGAUUCUUUUCAAUCCUUAUGAUGACAUAAUUAUGUGCGUGGUGCUAAUAUCUAUCCGAUAAUCACCGGCCCCUCCCC